AUGAAAAAAUUUCCCCCUAUUCAUCCUGGAAUAAUGUUAAAAGAGGAUUUGUUAAUAGAAAAAAAUAUUAGCCAAGCCCAAUUAGCCAAGGAUAUUAAUCUACCAAUUCAACAAAUUAGAGAAGUAUGUUCGGGAAAAAAAGCCAUUACUCCUGAUUUAUCUUUGAGAUUGGGCAUUUAUUUUUCUAUGUCUCCCAAUUUUUGGCUUAAUUUACAAAAUGAUUAUGAGCAAGAAUGUUUAAAGGAUAUUCUGGAAAAUCAAGAAGUUCAGAUUAAAAAGCAGAUACAUCCUUUAUCUCAGCCCAAAAUUAAUAAUCGCUUAAGGAAAUCUUU